AUGCCCAAGCCAGUGUACGCCACAGCGGAUGAGCUGGCGGAAGCGGUGAAGAAGCUGGAGGGUCAGUUGAAAGCCACCGAAGCCAAGCUUGGUGGGGCAUUGAAGCAGUCGGAGACCAAUCUGAAAGGCGAGCUCGCAAAGGCAAAUGAGCAGAUGGCCAACAAUGCCCAAGUGGCGAACGAGGGCACACAACGUUGUGGCAAUGACUCCAAAACCUAUACUGACGACAGGCUGAAUCAAUUUCGCACCGACAUGAUGGGACUGCUCAAUGGCACCCAAGACGAAAUCGGGCAGGCGCAAUCUAAGCUCAGCCAAAAGGUGGAGUCCGUUGACAAUGACGUUCGGAAAGCAUUGGCCGAUGAGCUGGCGGCACUUUGUGAGCGAAUUGACAAAGAGUUUCAAGCGACCCGGGAAGACAUGACCAAGUUCUCAGAGACGAAGUCACAAGAGGGCAAGGCCAACUUAGCGGAUCAAAGAGACCAGUUGAACAGGGCCAUGGCAGAGGCUGCUAAGGAGGUCGACCAAAAGAUGGACAAGCUGCAAGCUACCAUGGAGAAGUUCUUGAAGGACUUCAGCGAUACUCAGGCAAAAGACCAGGCUUCACGCGAUGAGAAGACCCAGCGCUCUGAGAGUGAAAUCUGGUGCACUGCUCAGCUGGGUGCAGCUGGAGAUGUGCUGAAGCUCGACCGAACCAAUGAAUUGCUGCAGGAGCUGACAGACAGCUCCACCAGGGACACGGAGAGCUUACGUGAAGAAGCAACCAAAAACUUGGAGGACUACAAAACAGCAGCGAAUGGUCGUUUGGAUGGCCAUGAUGAGGAAAACCUUCAGAUGCGCACUGCCCUGAUGGAGGUCGAAAAUCUUGCGACUCGACGAGUAGAUUGGGUCAUCAAGGAUGCAUCCAAGCGUUUGCGCCCAAACAGCGCCAGCAAAGCAAGUUUGCACACCAGCUGGUUUUCGCCCAAGUUCGACAUGGCAGGUGGACAUCAACAUCGUCAUUUUGCUGCCUACUUUCUGUAUUAUCUCGUUUUGAUGUUUCCGACAAUUGAAUGUCGUUCUCGUGAGCUCUUUUGUAGACGAAAACUGCUGGCAGAGGAAGAGUAA